ANNCUUUAGGAAAAAAUUUCCGGAAUUUCUUAUUUACAUGAUUAUAAAGAAAUGCAUAAUAAAAAGGAGCUACUUUCUAAUACUUCUCUUCCUUGUAAUGCUUAUGUUAAUAAUAACGAGGUUCGAGUUUUUUUUAAAAAAAAAAAAAAAAAAAAAAAAAAAAAAAAAGAAAACAAAAAAAAGUUAAGAUGUGCAGAGAGAGGGAGAAUGUAUUUUUGGAGACCAGAUUUUGGAAAGGCAUGCAGAACAAUUGUCUAUUUGAGCAAAUUUGAAUGUUCUGCUGCAAGGAUCGAAACAUGGUGCCUUGGGAACGGAUAGACUAAUUAUACAGUAAGAUAUACGAAUCUAAAAAAGCAUGACAAUAGAUUCAGCUAUUAUAUGGCGGGCAUUAAUUUUAAGAUUAUCUGUACACGGAUUUGCUAAGCUCGUGGAUUGCUCUAUUGAAUUUUGAAACUGCUCCCCUGAGGAAAUAGAAAAUAUGACUAUUUAUCAUGCCCUUUUCUCUUUGUAGUCUUCAUUUAUAAUUUGUCUUCAUUAAAAAUCGAUGUGUUCUACUUGUUCCACUUGUUCCAUAGUAUAAAACGUUUCUAGGGUUGACCGUUCCUAGUCCACCAAUUUAUUCACGACCUCUUACGUUCAAAAGUAUUUAAUGCAUGUUUGACGUAAAACAAACGUCGAUUAAUACGGUAUCUCGAAUUAUUUCUUCCCGUAUAAUUUAAAUAAUUAAUGGCGUAUGUUAUUUUGACAGUCCUCCGCUCAGCAGAUCCAACAAGGAUCGACUACCAUAGCAGAUAAUAUAAUCGAUGUUACAUAAGAAAGUAUAUACUAUUGAUAUCUUAAAGAUUACUACCGUCAAAGUGACGUAGAUGUUAUAUAGAUGAAAAAUAUCCUAGCAAAUACCAUAAUAUCACGUCUUAAAUAAGAUUUAAGGUGAACGUUUAUUUACGAAGAAUACAUCGCUUCAGGAUUACGCGAGUAACUUGCAAGGAAUGCAAGUAUUUGCAGACGCUUAGAAAUGUUUCAAAUAAGCCAAGUUAUCUAAGCCAAGUUAUUAUACAAGAAAGUAAAUAUGUAGUAGGAUUCAUCCUUAGAAUAUUAUGAUGCAGCAAACUUUUACAUGAUAUUUGAAACAUUUCUUUCUGCCUUGAAUAUCUGCGAAGAUUUUCGAAAACGAUUCACCUUUAAAGUAGAGAGUAUACAUAUAACGAAGAGAAUAUUCAAUUAAAACGUUACAUAGAAAUUUUCUGCGAGACAAACGCCCAAUAUUGUAUCGCAAACUGCAAGGACAACUACAAUGUACGCGCAAUUAUCGACGCAUACUGUACAGCAAACUGAUUAUCGGUGAUUGCGUGAACACACACAAAAACAACAGCCACGAGGAAAAGAUUGUAAAAAUAUAUGUGGAAUUAAAAUCUAGUUAGCCGUGCAACCAUACUGCACUAUACGUGGUUAUCAAGCUCGUGUAACCGUGCAUAAGAAUGGUACCAAAAAUUAUUGUCAAUGUUAUGUACUAUAUUUGUCUUCUAAUAUAAAAUAUUUGUCAUCGAAAAGUCAGAUUUUCUCCAAUGGCAAUUAAUUCUUUAAACUUCAUUUUACACCAUCAGCGUAUCGUUUCAAGGUACACGAACACAAAAUGAACCAUGUGUUUAUUCUUCGAGCGAUAUCUUUGACAACAUUUCCUAGAAACAGGCGAUUUUAAAGUACUUCAAAUUUGAUGUAUCGACGUUUGAUUAAACCUCCAUGAGCCAUUAAUAAUGCAGCCUGGCAGAGAUUUACGAGCAAACAUGGAAGUAUUAACCUAUAUAAAAAGGUGAACCUUACACUUGAAAGCUUUAGAAGGAAUUUUGAAGUCAAAGUAGAAACGUGCAACAUGUUUAUCAAGUUGAUUCUGAUCGCCACGUUCGUUAACUUCGUUUGUGUACGGAGUAUCGAAAAUGAAGUUCAACAUUUAUCGUUGUUCGUUGAGUCUCAUCCCGGCACCAUUAUGGAUACUGAAUCGACUAAAACCGGAGACGAGCACGUUCUUGAAUUGCCUACAACAUACACAUCCUCGUUAACUGUGCCAACAGUUGCGAAUCACGAGUCGAUACACUCGGAAUCGGCGCAUCUCAAGAAAAGAGCAACAAAUAUCAAGGAAGACCAUCGAACCGAUUUACGACCUGGAUGUUGUGGAUAAGCGAUUAAGUGAACCACCUUUCACCGACCACCGAUCCUGUCCCGUAAAUAUCUGCUUUUAAAAAAUAUUUACGUGCAAAUGCUAGAUAGUACUUAAAUGCAUACUACGAAUACCGUUUUAUCUCUUCAGUUCCUUUCACGAUGUGAUAGCAUAUAAAAUAAAAAAAUGGCUAUCAAGCCGCAGAAAGAUAA